AUAAUCCCUAUCAAUAUGCAGGAUAACCGGGUUUUUUGAGAUGAGUUGGUAGUACUAAGAACUGAAGUUUUUUGUCAACCAGCUGCUCUUAUUGUUAUAAAUUGUCAAGCGAAAUAUGGCUCUGCGUGUCUUGGAUAUGGCUUUACGCCGUCAACUAGCAGCUCAAGUGGUUCGCUGUCCACAAAUUGGCAGUGUUGCUUCCGUGCAUACUUUAGACAAGAUUGGUAAACGUGAAAUUGUUGGUUACGGCUGGAACGGCACUGCUUGUUAUUAUGAUCGUGCCGAUUAUCCAAUGCCUGCCGUACGUUUUCGUGAACCGACCAAUGAAAUUAAUAAUUUGCGUCAGAAGGAGAAAGGUGAUUGGAAAAAAAUGAGUAUAGAUGAAAAGAAAGCUUUAUAUCGAGCCAGUUUCUGUCAGACAUUCGCUGAAAUACAGGCGCCUACCGGUGAAUUCAAGCAACAUUUUGGCGUCGGCUUGCUUUUCACUGCUAUGGCUAUUUGGGUAGCCAUCUUCAUGAAUUUGUUCGUGUACGAUGAAAUGCCCGUCACCUUCGAUGAGGAACACAAAAAGGCUCAAUUGAAACGUAUGAUUGACUUGGAAAUGAAUCCAGUGACUGGGUUAGCCUCCAAGUGGGAUUAUCAAAAUAAUAGGUGGAAGUAAAUGUUGCGGUUACAAUGCGCCUUUCACACCAAAAACAUACCUAACCCUUCUCCAAAUUAACCAUAGUUUCUCGCACAUCUAUACGCAAUCUAAGUCUUUUUAUCUUUUAAUUGUUAAUAUCUUAUGUGCGUUUUUGUGCGUAAAAGCGAUUUGAGGCCUCUUAAUGUAAGCUAUUAAGAUCUAAAGUUUGUCUAUUUAGUAGUAAAUAUUUAAAGUUAAUUAUGGAUAAGAGGCAAAACGAGAAAAUAAGUAAAAAGAUUUACAAUAAUA